CUUGUCCCAAGAUGCAGUUCCAUGCUUCCCGGUUACAUAGUUACGGUCUCUAAACUCUGGAGCUGGUGUUAGAGGAAAGGGUUGCAGGUAACCGGAUAUCAAUUAUAUUGCCAAAACAUCAUAAAAAUGGUUUAAACAUUUACUCAAGUCAGCUUUGUUUAUAAUAGUGAAAAUGUCAAUGGUUAAAUAAAUUAUGGAAUGUCACCAUGCAACACGGUACAAUCUUUAGAGACAUCUUCAGACAAGCCAAGGAUUCUGUCUCAAGCUAAAGUGGAUAGAUAUUAAGACCCAACUUCUGUAUCCAACUUCAACUGGGUUCACCAAAGUUUUGGCUUUGUUACAAAAGGAGGUCAAGAUUUAAUUUUUCUCUGGUGAACAAGCUUACAGAUUAGGAUUUAUGUCAGUCCAAGAAAUGAAGAAACAUGCAGUCCUCCCUCCAAUCAUUAGUAGAAGUGACAAGGAGUUUUUGGAAAGUAUUCGAAGAUACAUAAUUACAGAGAUGGAAAGAGUGGGCUGCAACGAGGAGGGACCUGCCGAUGAGUAUUUCAUCAUAUACCGAAAUGUUUUCAAUAAGGUAAUAGACUAUGUUACUGCAUACAAAUCCAUUCUAACUUCAAUCAAAAAAGAAUACGACGCCUUUAUUGAGGUAAUAAAGAAAGGCCGAAGAACUGCAUUUUAUCUUCAUGGAAAACUUAAAGUUUUGGCAGCAGAGCCCACAGCUUUGGUCUACCACCAGAAAAGAGCAAUCCAACUGGAGGCAAAAAUAAGGAUUAUUGAAAAUAAUUCCACAAUGAUUCAGCUGCAGAUAGAACAAAUGAAACAGCUGAGGUCAGAGUAUGACAGAAAAGAAGUAAAAUAUUGUGCUUCCUCCAGACACCUUUCAAAACCUAUUCCAGGCAUGAGUAUCCAAGAAUCUGUCAGUCUGGAUGCUCUCAAUACAUAUAUGCAACAUCUUGAAGAUAAAUAUAUGAAACUUAAAGAAGAUAUGUCAACAAAAUAUGUACCGGCACAAAAGAAGGCUGACGUAGAUGAGGAAAUGAUUGUGUUGAUAAAACGGCGAGAUAUAGCUGAAAAUCUGAACAAAGACUUACGGUUUCGCCAUCAAAGACUGAAGAUUAUUUCACAUGUACUUACUUCAUGGCUGAGAUCUGACAUGAGAAUCCCAUUUCAAGACAUCCUGGAGCAAAUUCAGAAAACCAAAACUGAAUAUGGUGAUGAAGGUAUUGUUGAUGAGCUGUUUGAAGAUGAUCCAAGCAAGGCAAAGGAAGCUGUAAUUAUUCUUUACUACAUUGAAAGGUUUGAUGAAUUAAUCUCCCUUGGUGAAUACGAAAGGGCAGCAUGUUUUGCAGCAAAGAGUCCCAGAAGAAUUCUUCAAAACAUUGGUACAAUGAAUAAAUUUAAGGCUGUUGGAAAGAUUAGAGGAAAGCCUCUUCCAUUACUCUUAUUUUUUGAGGAAAUAUUUAGCACAAGUCAUGCUUUCAAAUGUCCUAUUAGUGCAGAUCUAACUCUGGAAGGAAUUAAAUGUGGAUUAUCUGAAAAACGACUUGAUUUAGUUAUCAAUUGGGUUACCCAAGAAAAGCUGACAUUUUCUGAGAAAGCUGGGGAUGUGAUUUGUGCAUAUGGGGACCAGAAUACUCACAACAAGGCUAAGUGCUUGGCUUUAGCUCAGAUUAUCUACAAUGAAUGUGGCCUACACAAGAAAGCUGUUCUUUGCAUGUGUAAACAGGGUCAGAUUCACGAGGCUGUGGAGCACAUACAACAAUUCAAGGACUUUACCUUUGAUGACCUGAUACAGAUAAUAACAGCGUGCCCCCAAGCUGAGUUAAUUAAAAGUCUUACUCAAGAAAGGGAUGGAAAACCACCAAUUUUAUCUUUUGGCCUUGCUAUACUUCAUCUUUUUUCUGCGGAUUUGAAAAAAGUUGGCAUUAAGCUGCUUCAGGAAAUAAGUAAAGGUGGAAAAGAUGCAGUAGAACAACUCGUGAUAAAUGAUUUAUUUUGCUCUCCAGAAAAGUGGCAAGAAAUGGCAAAUGUCUGUUUAGAGAAUGGGUUUGAAAAGUUAUAUAAUGACAUCCUAGCCAUUCUUCGAUCUCAGGCUGGAGUUUCAGAAAUUUCUGAAGAUGAUUCAGUCAACUUAAUGGAGCAUGUUUUUUGGUAGCUCUAUUCUUUAACCAGCUGAGGGCGCUGGUACAACAUUUUAUGUAUGUUGGCUGGGUAACCUGGUUUUAGCAUGAGUAACAUAAAUAAUUGUAACAUAUAAAGUAUUCAGA